AUGGUCGACGUAAGCAUUGACCCCACGCAGGCCAAGGCCGGGGCGAAGCUCAAGGUCAAAGAAGGACGAGAAAGCCCGCAAGCGCGUGCUGAACAGGCCGACGCUCUCGAGGCCCAGGCCGGGAGGAUGAUCCAAACAGCGCAGGCCAUGCGCGCCCGCUACGACGCUGUCACUGAGAAGAAGGGGAAACAAUCCGCCAAGGGCGUCACCGAUCACACUGACGAUACGACAUCUGACUCUUCUUCUUCUUCUUCUUCUUCGUCUUCAUCCGAUUCCGACUCAGAUUCCGACAGCGACUCGUCCGGCGACGAGGACGGCGGGGCCCCCGUCGAUGCCGUCAUGGCGUCCGCCAACUCGCAGCUCCGCGCCGAGAGCGAAGGCUUGAGCGGUCCCUCAAAGGAACCCACGAAGGCCGAGCUCGAGGCCGAUGCCGACACUGAACAUGCGACGAAGAAAAAGGCCAAGAAGGAGAAAAAGAAAGAAAAGAAGGCUAAACCCGCGGACACGGACGACGAGGCAGAUGCUGCAGUCGAAGAGAACGUUAAGGAGAAAAAGAAGAAGGCGAGGAGGAAGAACGACGCCGAAGUCACCGAUGAGACAGAGAAAGAGCCUGUCAAGUCUAAGAAGGAGAAGAAGGCCAAGAAAUCCAAGGCCCCCUUGGAGGCCGACCCAGAGUCCGAUAAGGAGAUCGUUUCCAAAAAGGAGAAGAAGCAAAACGCAAGCCGAGGCCGACGAGGACGAAGAGGCCGCCAAGGAGGACGUCAGCGCCAGCAAGAAAGACAAGAAAAAGAAGGCCAAGAAAGACAGCCGAGGAGCCGGCUCCCCAGGCCACGACAGCAGAAGUUCCUGAAACUGCUCGGAGGAGGCAAGAAGGGUGCCGCUGCGGCGCAGGCCCACGGCAACCGAGCCAACUCUGACAUAUCUCAGGUGAACCAGGAUCUGGAGAAACAGUUCAACGCGGGCAUGCAUAUGAAGUUUGACGUCGGCGGCGGCCCGCGCCGCGGCCUCGGUGCUUAA